AUGGAGUGCGACAUCUGUGGAAAGGCUGGCAACCUAACGCAUCCCCUACACUGCAUCACUUGCGCCCGCAGCCAUCUCGAACAGCCCCGCAUCGACCUCGCUCGGACACUCAUAGACAAAGACGGCGUGGAGAAGCAUGUCAAGGCCAUCAUACAAGGCUCGGAAGACAAGUCCAGUCAGCAUGUCUCGCUGUCCGACUCAAAAGGAGGCCUGUUGGUCGACCGCCAGGAGUGCACACACCAUCUGAACUGGCAACGGACCAAAGCUGAGACGGCUGAAAUACAAGAGCGCACACAGCUUAUCACAGAACAGUCAAAACAUAUCCGGGAUCAGAUGGAGGCUACACGGAAACGGAUCGAGUCACAGCGCGCCGCAAAUGCACAACGAAAGUCUGAUCUAUCAUCCGCUACUUAUGGCAUCGAUUCACGGCGCGCCAACGAGCUAGACAAGGUCCAACAACAUCUUAAGAGGAUAGACUACAAGUCGGAUAAGAUGCACCACGAUACUAUGGAGCUGCGCAUGCAACUUUGCACUACCGCUGCGAAGCUCGCCGGGCUUAAGACUACCAGAAGGAGGAACAAGGACGAAAGCGUAAAGGUUGUCUACAAUAUUGGGCCAGGCUCAAGACUCCGGAUCUGGGAUCUCAGGGAUCUGAACGAGGCUCCACCUGACCAACUAUCAGCGUCAUUAGGUGCUGUAGCUCAACUCCUGGUCCGAGUCGCUGCAUAUCUGGGCAUCCGCUUGCCCGCCGAGAUUACACUUCCUCACAACGACUACCCACAGCCGACUGUAUUCAGCCCAGCUUCCUCGUACAAAGGAAAGAAGGUCCCUUUCCCAGGGUCAACGCCUUCGCACUCGUCAAGCAACAGUCCAGAAGCAUCCCGCACUAUCGAUCCACGCGUACACCUACCGAAACCGCGAACGCUUUUCAUCGAUCGACCUCUUGGUCAUCUCUCCGCGGAAGAUCCGCCAGCCUACUCCUCCUUCAUCGAGGGCGUGUCUCUACUCGCUUACAACGUGGCUUGGCUAUGCCGCACUCAAGGCAUGAAGGAUAGCUUCAAGCAGUGGGAAGAUAUAUGCCCUAUGGGCCAGAAUUUACAUCGACUUCUGAUAUCGCAAGAGACAUACUUGCAUCAGCGACCCGAGAAUCCUCUCGACAAAGACAUUACAUCAAAGACCUCUCUGCGGAAGAAACCCGUAGGUUUCGGACAAUUUUCGCAUGCUACGUCACACUCAUACAUGAACAUCGCCGAGAACGUGCGGUAUCUAAGUGGUUGGAGUCUAUCGCCAAUGAAAAUCGUUGAUGAUUUGAGGGCAUUUUUGCUAGCAGAACAGCAGGCACAAGAAUGGGACGUAGUCAACCAGAAGGAGUGGGAGGAUAUGGAGAACCUCAUAGCUGAGGACCCGAUCAUAGUAGGCGAGAAGCGCCGUGACGCUGCAAGCAUCAGUGACGGACGCAGCUUCCUGACAUCAACUACAACGAACGGCAGGGCUACACCAUCACAGAAAGCCGACGUUUCAGAAGGUGAGCAAGCUGACCGUAGGAGGGGCACGAGUGGGUGGACCAAGUUGAAGAGCCGGCCUGACGACGUCGCGAAGAAUGACCUGUAG